UUCGUCUGACUUCGGCAUAAUUUGGCGCAACUGGACUUGCAGCCCUUACAACAAGUCUCCCUCCCUCCUUCCUUCCCUCUCAUCGGGUCUCCGCCUGUUUGAAAGCUGCACUUCUCGCCCAGGUGUGACAUUGUUGGAGUGCCUCGCUGGAACCGCAUCCCUCCGCCGACACGAUGACAGACUCCACACCGCCAGACUCCACCGCAGUCCCGGACCCGGCUAUAGUUGAGGACCCCACGGUGGUGAACGGGCAGUGCGAGCAGACGGACACACAACAGCAGCAGCAGCAGCAACAGACCGGCACAGAAAGUCAGGGAGAAGGGUUCAAGAUGGACCAAGAGAUGAAGAUAACAGACAGCAUAGAGGACCGAGGUCUUCUGGAGAGCAGCAUGCGUCUGAAGCCUCACGAAGCGCAGAGCUACCGCAAGAAAGCGCUGUGGGUGUCCUGGAUUUCCAUCGUGGUCACCAUCGCACUGGCCAUCGCCGCUUUCACUGUUUCCUUUAUGCGCCACAGUGCUUCAGCUUUUGGAUUCGCUUUUGAUGCCACACUGGAUGUGUUGUCCUCUGUCAUAGUACUGUGGCGGUACAGCAACGCUGCAGCCGUCCACUCAGCACACCGCGAAUACAUAGCUUGCGUUAUCCUGGGUGUGAUUUUCAUCCUGUCCUCACUGUGCAUUCUGGGUAAAGCCGUCCACGACCUGGCCACCAAGCUGCUACCUGAAGUGGACGACUUCCUGUUCAGCGUUUCCAUCGUCAGCGGCGUGGUGUGCGUCAUCUUGGCCGUGAUUAAGUUCAUGCUCGGGAAAGUGCUCACGAGCCGAGCUCUUAUCACCGAUGGAUUCAACUCAAUGGUGGGGGGCGUCAUGGGCUUCUCCAUCCUCAUCAGCGCCGAAGUGUUCAAGCAUGAACCCAAGGUGUGGUAUCUGGAUGGAACAAUAGGCGUCCUCAUAGGCCUCAUCAUCCUCGCCUAUGGAGUCAAGCUGCUGCUGGACAUGGUCCCCAGGGUCCGACAGACCAGGAACUACGAGCGCUUUGAGUGACGGAUCACAGAGAAAACAGUAGGAGGUUUAGAGGGGAGGAGGAGGAGAGGGGGGGGGGUGGAAGUUGACUGACAGGAGAGGGACUGUAGAGACGCUCCCUACAGCCUGAGACGAUCACAGUGUCUGUACCGUCCUUCCAGUCAAAAGCUUUGAACUGACCAUCUGAAGCGAACGACGACAGCAGGAUAAAAACCCUUGGCACCUUUUAACGGUUCGAUGUACAUAUAAUACCUUCAUCUGUCUUUUUUUUUUUUUUUUUUAACAAGGGAGCGGGGUUUGUCCGCUCUUCCAUAUUUAAAACACCAUAAAGACAGAAGUUGCUGACUCCUCGGUUGUAGUCAGGGACGAGCUCGGAUCCGCAGUGUACCGGAGACAAAUGGACCCCCAAAGCGUCCAUAACUCUGUGAAAGCAACAGAUUUUUGUACAGCGUGUACGAUACCUCAGUUACACCUGUCACAACACCAUGUUUAUUUUUCCCAUGGUUCCUAGAGGCCUUUGCUCAGCUGUGCUAUAAAGUGUUCCAGUGCAGCAGGUCAAAGUGAUGGAUGUAGCUGAUGUAGCAGUGGAGUAUUAAUGGUGUUUUACCUUUUGUAUUUGUUUUUUUUUUUUUUUAUGACCACACAGAGAGGAUAUAUCAAUAUAAAACCCAUUUGGCACCGGGGGCAGGUACACGAGCGUCCACUCUGAGAGCCACAGGACAUCUGAUUUGCUGUUGAUGAUAUUUAUCUAGACGGUCGUCAGCUACACAGCAACAGAUUACAGCGCCGGAGGAGGAUAAACAUCAGCAUUUCUGUCCCUUUUUCACUGUAAAUCUAAGAGGGAGGGAAAAAACAUUUGUAGAUUCAGAGCUUGCGCCAUCUAGUGACCGACGGAGGUAGCUACAAAAAUUCAAGAUGUUAAAAAGCACAAGCAACUACAUUUUAAACUAGAGCCAAAAAAAAAGAAAAAAUUUUGUUAAGCUCAGAUUUAAAGACUAAAGACACAACAAGCCCGCUAAUCCCAGAAACAGCUGUUUUAAGACGAGAUAGAUAAAGAUGAGUGUUGUCUUUUGCAGCGUUCAGCAGCUCCACAGUUUAAACCCGUUUAUUCCGAGUAUUAUUUCCCUCUCCCUUGUUUUCACCUCCUCUCAUGAACCCUGAUGCCUGAUUAAUGGUGCACGACUGAACUUUCAGAGACUCUGCAGUGACCACAUCUGGACCCACACUGGAGAGCGUCGUCGUGGGUCGUAGCAUCCGCUCGUUGUGAACUCAAAGCCUUAAUUUUGCCGAUGGACGAUCAGGUUGUCAUAGAUACGAUAAAGAGAGCAUGUGCUCAUUCAUUCUUCUUUCCUCACGUCCGUGCUUGCUGCGGUGACAGUAACUGAAUGUACACACUGUGCUGUGACACUAGUGAAUAUGAACCACAAAUAUGUGAAUGUGUUUAGUUCUGACCAAGUCUUAAGGAUUUAUUUAUUACUUUACUGAACACACAACAAACACACGCGGAGGGAAUCGAAGCUGCUCCUCUGCGCCGACUGACUGUACAUUUAUGUGUAAAUAUAAUAAUCUGUUCUGCUGUGAUGUAAAACAAAUGUAAAUCCAGAGUCUGAGCCGUUUGUCACAGAAAAAAGGUUUAUUUAAAAAUAAAGUUGUCUCCCUCUUACUCGUCAAGGACCGUGAAAACAAAAGGAAACGUGUUUUAUUCAUCUUUUACCAUCAUUCAAGACACCGGAUGUUGACUGACAGCUUUAAAAAAUAAAAAUAAAA